AGUUAGAGUUAGGGUUUGUUUAUAAAUAGUACUAUGUAAUUACACUACACAGAAGCUCGGAUCAGAUCUGGCAACAAUGGCGGACGAAGACGAGAGAGAAACCCUAAUUCUGUUCCCUCUGCCAUUCCAGGGCCACAUGAGCCCCAUGAUUCAGCUGGCCAGAAUCCUCCAUUCCCGAGGCUUCGCCAUUUCCAUCUUCCACGCCACGCUCAACUCUCCCCGCCAUUCCAACUACCCCCAAUUCACCUUCCGCCCACUCUCCGACGGCCUCUCGCCGGAGGAAUCCGCCGCCGCCGAUCCCGCGCAGAUAAUCAGGCUCGUCAACGCCAGUUGCGCGGAGCCGUUCCGCCGCGGCCUGGCGGCGGAGAUGGCUCGGAAGCGAGUGAAAUGCAUAAUAACGGACGCCAAUUGGUACUUCACGCAGGCGGUGGCGGAGGCGGCGGAGGUCCGGCGAGUUGUGAUGCGGACCAGCAGCGUUUGUUCUUUCCUGGCUUUUGCUGCGCUUUCUGACCUGGCUGCCAAAGGAUACCUCACUCACACAAAUUCAAAUUCAAAUUCAAGAAGAAUGAGAGAUGAUCCUGUGGAAGAACUCCCACCCCUAAAGGUGAAAGACAUUCCAUUCAUGGACCAACUAUGCAACAACCCUCAAGAUGCAUACCAAAACAUAGCCAAGAUGAUGGCAGCAACCAAGAAAGCUUCAGCCAUCAUCUUCAACACUUCCGGCGACCUCGAAGAUCCCGACCUCGCCAAGCUCCGCCGCCUCUACUUCCCCGUCCCCACAUUUGUAAUCGGGCCCUUCCACAAGUGCUUCUCCGCUGCCUCCACCAGCUUCCACGCACACGACGAGGCCUCCGUCCCGUGGCUGGACGGGCAAGCCCCGGAGUCGGUUCUCUACGUCAGUUUCGGGAGCGUUGUCGAGAUGGAUGUCCGGGAGCUGGAGGAAGUGGCCCGGGGCUUAGCCUGCAGCGGGCAGCCGUUCUUGUGGGCUAUCCGGCCGGGAUUGGUCCGCGGGUGCGAUUGGGUCGAGAUGCUUCCGGAAGGGUUCUUGGAAGAAACUAGCGAUCGAGGCCGCAUCAUCGAAUGGGCGCCGCAGCAAGAAGUGCUGCGCCAUCCUUCGAUCGGCGGGUUUUGGACUCAUUGCGGGUGGAAUUCGACGCUCGAGAGUAUCUGUGAGGGCGUUCCCAUGAUUUGCUCGCCGUUCUUCGGCGAUCAGUUAGUCAAUUCGAGGUAUGUUAGCCAUGUUUGGAGAGUAGGGAUCAGGCUGGAGACGGGGUUCGAAAGGGGCGAAAUUACGACGGAGAUUCGGAGAUUGAUGGUGGAGGAAGAAGGUAAGGAAAUGAGGCAGAGGAGUUCAUGUCUGAAGAAGAAGAUAGAGUCUAGUCUCAGCGAUGGUGGUUCUUCUUACAAAGGGCUUAAUUCCUUAGUAGAUUUCAUAUCUCCAAUGUUGGAUACAUGA